GUAUUUUCUUCUCUUAUAAAUAGUGCUUAUGGUUUGAUUUUUAACUACAGUAAUGAGAUUCUCUAUGAUCUCUAACAAAAUUUGAACUUCAUGCCUUCCUUCAUCUUCUUGCAAGUGGCUAAGCAAAACGAUAUUGACUGGGUCUCAGAAAGUAUAAUUUCUUUGUGUGUGUAUGUCCAUGGAGUUCAAACAAUACAGAGGCGAAUAAAAUAAGAUACACUGAGGUGCCAUUUUAGCUUCUUUCUAAUAUAUAUUCAACUGUAAAAGUAUCAACCUUUAGAAACUAAUAAGGCAUAAGUGUGUGCACAUCUUUUUGUGCUUCAAAUUACCAUCCAACUAUAUAAAUCCAAUACAUAGAAAUAGUUCCUUGAUUAUGCCAAAUCUACUCUUCGUUAAUGUCUAAAAAUGUUAUAAACAGAAGCCGGCCAAGAGGGCUUCAAUUAGAAUGUGUCAAGUGAAUUUGCUCCGUUAACAUAUUAUAUGGGGUAGUCAUCUCUUAUCCCUCACCAUAGGCAUGAUUAACUUCGAUAGAUAUUAUCAAGAGAUUCAAACUCGAGAUCUUCUCAAUUCUCUCAAGCAAAAAUACCAACCUAACAGCACUCUGAAUUAUGUCAAAGCAUGACUGGACCUCUAAAUUUAUUUUUCUCAAUUGGAUCAACAAGCUGAAUUUAACAAUAGUUUAUGAAUAUUGAUCUGUAAAAUACUGUGAGAUUCCAAAACCAAAAAGAAAGGAAUUAUAUGAUCACCACCAACAUUUGUAGACCACAUUUAUAUACCUUUUGAAGCCUACAGCCUACAUAUGCAGCUUUCUAAAUCAAUACAGAAACAAGCCGGUUUUAAUAAUACAUAUAGUCGAUUUGUAAUUGGUUUGAUAUGGCUAUAAAAGGGUACAUCUGUGAUCAUGAGUUUCUCCAUAUAUUUUAGACCCUAUAAUCAUUUAUAUUCUAACACACCAUGAGGUCAGCUGUAAUACUUGCUCUUCUCUUGUUAGAUACAAUUGCAAUGGUACAUGGCGCCAGUGCCAACAAAAAGGUAGGUCCCAUUGUAAUAAGAGUUAUGGUACAUAGUACUUGAAAUGAUUCAGCAAGCUCGUUCGCCACCAUCAUCAGAAUGAUGUGAACUUUCUGCAGAAUGAGCAUAUGCUUUGCUGAAUAACAAUCCUUUUUAAGUACCAACACCAAAGUUCACCAUAAGCUUUUUCCAUGGUUUCAUUUGUUUCUUUUUAUGCUUCCUGUCAAUGUCGCAGCAUUACAUUGUUUACAUGGGAGAACACUCUCACCCCACUUCAGAAUCUGUCAUCAAAGCUAACCAUAGGAUACUUUCUUCAGUUACUGGAAGUCUUGAAGAUGCACGAGAUGUAGCAUUUCACCAUUAUACUAAAAGCUUUAGAGGCUUCUCCGCUAUGCUUACACAAGAUCAAGCUCAGAGACUUGCAGAGAGUGGAUCAGUUGUUUCUGUGUUUGAGAGUAGAAUAAAUAAGCUCCACACUACACAUUCAUGGGAAUUUCUUGGAGUGAACUCUCUUUAUGCUAAUAAACUUCCUACGGCCUCAUCAUCGUCAUCAUCGGACGUUAUUGUUGGUGUCAUUGACACUGGAGUUUGGCCUGAGUCGGAGAGUUUUGGUGAUACAGGCUUAGGCCCUGUGCCCAUGAAAUUCAAGGGAGCAUGUGUUGCUGGUGAAAAUUUUACAUCAGCUAACUGCAACAGAAAAAUCAUUGGAGCACGGUUCUACUACAAAGGAUUUGAGGCAGAAAUUGGGCCUCUUGAAAAUGUUGAUGGAACUUUCUUUCGAUCAGCUCGAGACAGCGAUGGUCAUGGAUCUCAUACUGCCUCAACUAUAGGUGGAAAUAUGGUGACUAAUGCUAGUCUAUAUGGGAUGGCAAGAGGAACUGCAAGGGGUGGUGCACCAAAUGCAAGACUUGCCAUUUAAAAGGCUUGUUGGUUUAACCUGUGUAGUGAUGCUGAUGUUCUUUCUGCCAUGGAUGAUGCAAUUAAUGAUGGAGUAGAUAUUCUCUCUCUUUCCCUUGGCCCUGAUCCUCCCCAGCCUGUUUACUUUGGAAAUGCUAUUUCUGUUGGUGCUUUCCAUGCUUUCAGGAAAGGAGUAUUUGUUUCUUGCUCUGCAGGAAACUCAUUUUUUCCAGGAACUGCAACCAAUGUUGCUCCUUGGAUUCUCACUGUUGCUGCUAGCUCUCUGGAUAGAGAAUUCAACUCCAAUGUAGUAUAUCUUGGAAAUUCAAAAGUUCUCAAGGGUUUCUCUUUGAACCCUCUGAAAAUGGAAACUUCAUAUGCUUUAAUAGCUGGAAGUGAUGCAGCAGCAGCCGGAGUUCCUGCAAAGAAUGCAAGCUUUUGCAAGAACAACACCCUCGACCCUGCCAAGAUUAAGGGGAAGAUUGUGGUGUGCACAAUUGAGGUGGUAAGAGAUAGCCGUGGAGAAAAGGCCUUAACCAUACAACAAGGAGGUGGUGUUGGAAUGAUACUGAUUGAUCCAUCGGCCAAAGAAGUUGGCUUUCAGUUUGUAAUUCCAGGCACUCUAAUUGGUCAAGAAGAAGCACAACAGCUUCUAGCAUACAUGAAGACAGAAAAGUAUCCAAUUGCGAGGAUAGCUCCAACAAUAACAAUCCUGAACACUAAGCCUGCACCAAAAAUGGCUGUGUUUUCUUCUCAGGGACCAAAUAUAAUAUCUCCAGAUAUUAUUAAACCCGAUAUUACAGCACCAGGUCUGAAUAUUUUGGCAGCAUGGUCUCCAGUAGCAACUGGUGGCACAGGUGGAAGAGCAGCCAACUAUAACAUAAUCUCUGGCACCUCAAUGUCUUGCCCACAUGUUGCAGCAGUUGCCGCAAUCUUAAAAUCUUACAAAAAUUCUUGGAGUCCAGCAGCAAUAAUGUCUGCAAUUAUGACAACAGCCACAGUGAUAGAUAACACUGGAAAAGUGAUUGGAAGAUAUCCGAAUGGCACACAGAGUUCACCUUUUGACUACGGAUCAGGACACCUAAACCCAAUAGCAGCAGUGAAUCCUGGACUAGUUUACGACUUCAAUUCCUAUGAUGUUACUAAUUUUCUGUGCAGUACAGGUGAAAGCCCUGCACAAUUGAAAAACCUGACAGGACAAUCUACCUAUUGUCAAAAGCCUAACAUGCAACCUUAUGAUUUUAACUAUCCUUCCAUCGGUGUGUCCAAGAUGCAUGGAAGUGUGUCUGUUCGUAGGACAGUUACUUAUUAUAGUAAAGGACCAACUGCUUACACUGCUAAGAUAGAUUAUCCAAGCGGUGUUAAAGUUACAGUUACACCUGCCACACUCAAGUUUACAAGGACAGGAGAGAAAAUAUCUUUCAGGAUUGAUUUUGUACCUUUUAAAACCAGUAAUGGAAAUUUUGUAUUUGGGGCAUUAACAUGGAGCAAUGGCAUCCAUGAGGUUAGAAGUCCUAUUGUACUUAAUGUUCUUUCUCUAUAGAAAGCGUAGGAAUUUCUUUCUUUAUUGUUCGUUGUUUCAUCAUGACUCCAUACAUCUUUUCUUUUUGUUAAUUUUUUU